AUUUUUGCAGAAACUCGUAAUCCGCGCGAGGUAAAUAUUUGUGUUCAACUUAGCAUCGAGUUUUGUGUGCGAUGCAUUCCCUUAGUCUGGGUCCCGAGGAUGACGCAGACAAGAGAAUAGUCAACGAAUUUUGUCAUCUACUCGAGAAAUCAAAGCAGCUUUUCAAUGGACUUCGAGAUUUACCGCAGUAUGGGCACAAGCAAUGGCAAGCGUACUUCGGAAGAACUUUCGACGUCUACACAAAGCUUUGGAAAUUUCAGCAGCAGCACAGGGCCUCGCUUGACGCGAAGUACGGCUUGAAAAGGUGGCAAAUAGGCGAAAUCGCGUCGAAAAUCGGACAGCUUUACUACCAUUACUACUUGAGGACCAGCGAAACGAAUUACCUCAAUGAAGCUUUUUCGUUUUACUCAGCAAUUCGAUCACGGUCUUAUUAUUCGAAAGCGUCUCAAGAAGAGCGGUCUGAUCUUAUGGUGAAAAAGUUACGUUACUAUGCGAGGUUCAUCGUGGUUUGUCUGUUGUUGAAGAGGAUAAAGAUGGUUCGCGAUCUUGUGCGGGAAUUGAAUAAGCAGAUUGAUGAGUAUACGACGACGUACGAACCGGAAGAUCAAUUCGAGUGGUCCCUGGUGUUGAGUGAAAUCCGAUCGUUUUUACAAGCCGAUGCCACCGUCAAUGUCAUCGACAAGGAUUCAAAUCCCGUUAUCGUCAGUCAUCGACUGAGUCCACACACGACUCCUCCGGUCGACCGUUCUCCGCUGAUGCACCUUACCCUUCAAGAAAUCCUAAUAGUCGGGAAUUCUUCGGACCAGGUGAAAUUCUCUGAAUUGACCAUUGACAUGUUCAGAAUGUUGCAAACGCUGGAGAGAGAACCGACCAUGGAUGCAAUGAUGCCGGUGUAUGAUGCAUCGCCUGCCCCGGGACGAUCUCCAUUGGAAAACGGGGCGUCUCUCAAGCGAGAGAAUCCGCACAAAUACCUGUUGUACAAACCGACCUUUUCGCAGCUAUUGGUUUUUCUGGCGUCAGGGUUUAAAGAGUUGCCAAGCAAUGGAGCGCUGUUGCUCUAUAUGUCUGCCGACGGAUCUUUCCCGUUGUCAAAGUCCAUCGAUGAGAGAGACUUUGAUUACGGUGGUGUUGUGAUGAACUAUAGCAAGAGGCUGGAUGUUGAUCAUGCGUCCAAACGUACUGCUACCAAUCACAAAGAAAUUCAUUGUUUAUAUCCUGAAGAUCUAUGGCCGUUUACCAGAAGACCACUUUUCCUGGUUGUGGAUUCGGAGAACAGUGUGUCUUUUCUGAACAUGAGAACGGCGCAAUUUGGGCAAUCCUUAGUCAUCUUAUUGUCACCCACUCAUGUUCCUUCGCAGUAUCAAGAUUUUCAGCAACGAGGAAGGCUGAUGACGUAUUUUCUCCAUUCACCUCUCGGCGGGCUGUGCUUGUUGUGUGGGAUUGUGGACGUUCCUGCAAACGCCUGGGAAGUUUGUUUACCGUUGGUUGACCGUUUCAUGGCUGAGGCUUCGCGUUUGAUAACGAAAUCACGUUCGAUUGAUCACUCGAUAAUUCACUUUUUCGGAGACGACUUUCUACGCGUGCUCCUGUUGCGUUUUGUGUUUUUUACCGUCAUCGUUCGCCUGCAUCAGCACUUCAAGGGUCGUCAAUUUCAACCUACUAGUGUGCCAGCUUUCCCGGAAAAUGAAAUUUUGGACCACCCCAGUUUGAAACGGAUUGUGCUCGAAUUGGCGGACCAUCUGGAUUCCCGUGUUGCGUUUUUUAGCUCCGACUCAAUGCAAUAAUGUAUUGCUCAGAUUCAUAUUACUGGGCCUUCCUGUUAUAAUUUUGCUUGUGGGAGUUGAUUAACGUGUUGCAACAAAAAAAGAAGGGUUGUAUGCCCGGGUCAAUUUGAAUUUUAAACUGAUCUCGUGAGUGUGAUUUUUGAAAUGUUUAAAGUGGUGGAAUCCUGUUCGUAAGAUUAUUUGAGGAGCACUGCCGCGAUUCCUGUUCAAAUCUAAUCUUCACGCACUCCGUUUUUCACUGUUCACUACUCCUUCGGAUAUCAAAUUAUUGCUCAUUCUUGAUAGGCUUCAAUAGUAGGUACAGUACUUCGUUUAGGUUUCGUGCUACCUGACGUCUUUCAGCGUGAGGAUGCUUGUGCUUUUUGGAAAUUUCGCGUUACAACGGUAUUUGCUUCAUUUUUUUUGUCUAUUGCGGAUUCUGUGAUGUACCCUGCCAUGAGUCUCCGGUGAUUCACGCUCUCUUAAAAUCCCGAAAUCAUGAUUAUUUCGGAGAUUUGUGAAUGAUGAAAUCUGUGCCGAAUGAACGUAGCAUGGUUUGGAAGAUCGAAAGAAAAAUCUUGACAUCACCCUGACGAGUGCCUGGAGUUUGGGAAAGAAAAGCGGGCAGUUUUUGGCUUUUUAAGUCUCGACGUGAUCCUUUUAUUCGUAAUGUAACAGAGAUUAUGAAGCAACAAUCUUUUUUCCUCAGUGUGCCAUCGAUUUCAUAUCAUUUCCCAAACGUCAGCCACGAGUCCUGAGUCCCGAAAUCAACGAAACAUUUUCAUAUCCUAUUUCAGGUGCCGUAUGUUUGCUAUUUUCGAGGUGAUGCAAGGCUUUUUUUCUUAACUUUCUUUCACAUUGUCCAACGUUCCUUUCGCACAAAUUUUACAUUUAUUUGUUCAUUGUACCUGAAGAUAUUAACGUUUUAUUGAAUCCAGUAACGCGUGAAUCACUUUUUUUUAUAAUUCGAGACGCUUCUUCCCCGUCGAUCCUAGAUUAAUAUUUAUGCUUUGUAUUGCGCGAAUAAGUUCCACGUCCUAUUCCUUUGUAAAGCUGGGCGAGCCUCCGAGGUAAACUCAUUUGUGUGAAAAUGAUUUUUGUUUCUUAAAAAUAUAAAAAAGUGUUCGCAUUCCCCAAAUUACUCUGGUCUAGUAGGUACGUUUUGUUGUGUGUCACAUUUGGGGCAAACCUGGUAGUGAUGAAUGUAACGUUGAUAUAAGCGCGAUAAUUUCUGAUGCAACCUCUCAGUGAAGACCGUCUUUUUCAGAUUCAUAAAUCGCAUUUUAAUUUUUUGCCUUCGGUGGAGUAGCCCGAGGUCAUCCAUGCACUGGUUAUUUUUCAGUCCCGAGAAAUGCGUUUUCGGUUCGAUUAAAAAAUAAAUUUGGGGUCUGGAUGAUUAAUUUUUGACAAUGAAUUUCGAGAGCUGCAUUUCCAAAUGUUGUGAAGGGAAUUCCUACUUUUCAUGAGCGAACCUUCGUUCCAGUUACACCUUUCGGGAAUGCUUCCGUGUAUUGUAAUGUGAACAGCUCUGAUGCGAUUUCCAUUCCUUACUGGUUUCUUCUAACAUUUUCUUGAAAAGUAGUGUAAGUGAGAUUCCCUUAGGAUAAGCUCAUGAUCUUGGUCACCUCUGAGUGCUUAUGAUAUGGAUUUCAGUUUUACAGCCAAUUCCUGUCCAUGAUUGUUACUCUAGAUAAAUGUGUUGACGCCAACGCAUGAAUCGAACACUUUCGUGGUGAAAAGAUCUCUUUUGAUUCAAUAUCUGUUUUUUUCACAUGUUACACAAUGUCUUCAAUUGAAUAAGGCAGUUAAAAUAUUAAUCCGUAAUCUUUUUUUCACGACAUGAAAAGUCAAAUGGCUCGUGCGAGUCAUCCGGUUUCCUAGCUUGCGGGUUGUGUAAUCCAUUAAGUAUGCAGUAUGAGAUGUCAUACUUGCGUAUAACGGAUUGAAACGGAGGAUAAUAGGGAAUCCACCCUAGGGUAAGUGUGUGGAUAAAUUCAUGCCGUGAAAUGAGAGUCCCAUCAGACAAAAUGGUGGUACAAAAUUAAGAUAAAAGAAGCAAAUUAAUUCUGAGAGCAUGCGGUGUUCACGCGUAACUUCACUGCGGUUUUAUCGUUGGAUUUGGGUAGUGAAUUAUUAAAUUGGAUCACUUGAUGAAUGUCUUGAAUUUGCUUCGCUCUAACAGCAUUCUAUAAUGGAGAUAUGGGGACCGGUCAGGUAUAAUCGUGAGGUGUAUUCGUUUUAAUGAUUGGGGUUUUAGGAUGUGGAACUUGAACGCGUAAUGCCGUCUUCGGGAUCAUCUGAAGAGUCCUUCCCUCAGCAGCGAAAUAUUUUCGGCACGUUUACAUUGUGGGAAAGAAAUAUAUCAGGGAGAGAUUCAAGUUCGGCUUUGUUUACCCCAGCACGGAUUUGUACUCGAGGUGAAUUAUCGUUUUUAGGGUUGCCAUUUGGGCUGACGCUUACUGAAUGGAAGUUCCCCCGUAUUUGGACUCGUCUUCGGUUUCUUUUGAUCGAAUAUGGGUUGAUAUUUUUUUUCGUAUUCAUAGUAUACCUACUUCUACCGAAACGUGCCGCAUGUCUAACUUCGAUUGGUGAAAGAAAAUCACUUUUUGAAACGAAAA